GCUGCGGCCGCGGCCCGCGGAGCCCGGGCGGGGGCGGCAGCCGCAAUGUCUCAGGCCGUGCAGACAAAUGGAACCCAGCCAUUAAGCAAAACGUGGGAGCUCAGUUUAUAUGAACUGCAACGGACACCUCAGGAGGCAAUAACAGAUGGCUUGGAAAUUGUGGUUUCGCCCCGAAGUCUGCACAGUGAGCUCAUGUGCCCGAUCUGCUUGGACAUGCUCAAGAACACCAUGACCACCAAGGAGUGCCUGCAUCGCUUCUGCGCCGACUGUAUCAUCACAGCCCUCAGGAGCGGCAACAAAGAAUGCCCUACCUGUCGGAAAAAGCUAGUUUCCAAAAGGUCCCUGAGGCCGGACCCCAACUUCGAUGCGCUCAUCAGCAAGAUCUACCCGAGUCGGGACGAGUACGAAGCUCACCAGGAGCGCGUGCUGGCCAGGAUCAACAAGCACAACAACCAGCAGGCACUGAGCCACAGCAUCGAGGAGGGACUCAAGAUCCAGGCCAUGAACAGACUACAGCGAGGCAAGAAGCAGCAGAUCGAAAACGGUAGUGGGGCAGAAGAUAACGGAGACAGUUCACACUGUAGCAACGCCUCGACCCACAGCAAUCAGGAGGCUGGCCCUAGCAACAAACGGACCAAAACGUCGGAUGAUUCAGGGCUUGAGCUUGACAAUAACAACGCCUCGGUGGCUAUCGACCCCGUGAUGGACGGGGCCAGUGAAAUUGAACUAGUAUUCAGGCCUCACCCCACGCUGAUGGAAAAAGACGACAGUGCACAGACAAGAUACAUAAAAACUUCAGGCAAUGCCACCGUGGAUCACCUGUCCAAGUACCUGGCCGUAAGGUUAGCUUUAGAGGAACUGCGGAGCAAGGGAGAGUCCAAUCAGAUGAACCUGGACACAGCCAGCGAGAAGCAGUACACCAUUUACAUCGCCACAGCCAGUGGCCAGUUCACCGUUUUAAACGGGUCCUUCUCUUUGGAGUUGGUCAGUGAGAAGUACUGGAAAGUGAACAAGCCCAUGGAGCUGUACUACGCACCCACGAAGGAGCACAAGUGAGCUUCUCAGAGCAGCUCUGGGACUGACGUCCCCACAGCCCGACUGGGACCUUCAGGCUGUCGGGCUCCGGGGCAGCAGUGGGUACGCCCUCGGGCUCCGGGGCAGUGGGUACGCCCGGUUUUCUCUCUGAGCCAGACUCGUUUACACUAUUCGAAUCUCUCCCCUUAAUUUAAGACUUUGUUUUUGGAAGGGACUACCAUUACUCAGUAUUUUUGCUUUUCUUUUAAAAAUAUACCUAAGUUGUGUGCUUUCACAACGUGUGGUUCCAUUUUGGAGCAACUUUUUUACCCAGGAAGUUUCGUAGUUUUCUGGUUUCUGUAUUCUUAAGAUUCAGCUGACCUCCUUCUUCCGCUGCUCUCAGAAGUUCCUUAGGCCUCUAGAAUGUUAAUAAGUAUUCCUACUUCCCUCUGACGUCUUAUAUAUUUAUAGUUUUCUAUAUAAGCUACAGAAUCUUCAUGAAGACCAAGGCUCAAAUUUACUGUGCUGAAAAACAAUUCUCAUAGGAUUAUUAUUUUCAUGGUAUUUUCUUCCGUAACAUCUCACCUCACACAGACGUCGUGAACUUAGUGUCCCUUGUAAUGCAAUGUUACUUUCCUCCCCCUGUAUUUUGGGAUUCCUGGUCUUGGGGAAGAGAAUCAAAUAAAAUCUUAGGUUCUAUGAGAACUCGGUUCAAUGAUAGACUUCACUGAAGAAAGAAAAAUUAAAUAAUGGUAGAAAUAUGUAGUCUUCAAGUGUUUAUUUAAAAGGUUUCUUUUUCUUUCAAGUAUUCUCUCACUUUUUUUAUUAUGUAUGUUUGAUGUUUUUCCUAUUAAAAUACCAGAGAUAUUUUGCACUUUAGCCUUGAUGAAAAAAGUACAUGAUAUGUUCAAAGCUUCCUGAAUUAUUUUCUGACCAGUAGCCGCAUGAAGUUUCAGUAACAUGGCACAUAAAACUAACCAUUGGGAAGCAUUUUCUCCUCUCGGAGACGCGUGCUUAGUGUUUGGGCCGCCGUUUCAGCGUCCACCCCGGCGCUGCGGAAGCAGGGUCGGCCACACGAGCCUCUGGCCAGCAAGGGCCUGCCUGUCCCCCGGGCCAGCGCACCCAGCUGCAGCUGGGCUGGCGGUGUGUGCCGUGGGGGCAGCUCUGUGCUGUCCUUGCCCCGGAGGGAGCCGACCUGCGCACCGUGUUACCAGCCCCCCGGCCCCUGCGAAGAAUCACCGUCAGGCCUCACAGCCUGGGCCCAGCUUCAGGUUUUCAAUCUUCAGCCCAGAAUGAAAACUUAAAGAUGUACUCAAUUUUUUUUACCAUUUUAUUGAAAAUAUUUAAAAGCUGUUUCUACAGGUUUUUUUGGUAAUGUGUCAUGAAAUUUGAAAACUACCAGAAAUCAAGGGAACUUUUAUAUUCAAUUCUUUUUCUGGUGUAAUGUUAAGUUGUAUAGAUUAUUAAUGCAUGUCCACUGAAUAUAACCUUGGUUUUGUGGUAAAACUGCUUAGAUUUUAUUGGUGGUAAACUAGAAUAGUGAUUGCAUAAAUAACUAGAUUUCCAUUGUGAUUCAAAUUUUGUCUUUAAGCAGAAAGUUACUUGUUAACAUGAGCUUUGUGCUUAGAGGAUGUGUUUUUCUGUCAGUAUGGGCGCGUGCAUCGUUAGUGAAGCCAUCGGAUGUGUAAUCCUUGCAAAUAUAGGAAUUUGAUAGA